CACCAUGGGCCCCACCCCCAAGUGACCAACUGUCAGUGAGUGACCAUUAGUGGUCCUUCUCAGCCAUUGGUUGGUGCUGCUAUGGGCCCUGCCCCCAAGUGACCAACUGUCAGUGAGUGACCAUUAGUAGUCCUUCUCAGCCAUUGGUUGGUGCCACCAUGGGCCCCACCCCCAAGUGACCAACUGUCAGUGAGUGACCGUUAGUGGUCCUGCUCAGCCAUUGGUCAGCACUGCAGUGGGUCCCAAGAAUAGGCAACCAGCUGUCAAUGAGCCACCAAUCGUGGGCAUUUUAGCCAACGGUCAGCAGAGUGGUGCUCAUCAGGUGGAGAGUGAGCCCUGCACGAGUUCCCCAAUGACAUCUUCACCAACGAGGACCGAAGACAGGGGGCAGUGGUCCUUCACGUGCUUUGUUGAAUUGGGCAAGUGAAGAGAGGAGUGGAAAGUCCAGUGGAGAAACAAAAUGGAGCCAAAGAGGCAGAGAAUUCCAAAGCAGCUGAAUAAUUUCACCAUCCAGGCCAUGUACAUGUUCUACGCGCUGGCCAUUGUGUGUGACGACUUCUUCGUCCCCUCCUUGGAAAAGAUCUGUGAGCGCCUGCACCUCAGUGAGGAUGUGGCGGGAGCCACAUUCAUGGCGGCCGGCAGUUCGGCCCCGGAGCUGUUCACGUCGGUCAUAGGAGUCUUCAUCACCAAGGGUGACGUGGGCGUGGGGACCAUCGUGGGCUCCGCUGUGUUUAACAUUCUGUGCAUCAUCGGCGUCUGUGGGCUCUUCGCGGGGCAGGUCGUGGCUCUCUCCUCCUGGUGCCUGCUGAGGGACUCGAUUUACUACACGCUGUCCGUGGUCGCGCUCAUCGUGUUCAUUUAUGAUGAACAAGUUUCCUGGUGGGAGUCUUUGGUCCUCGUGUUGAUGUAUCUCAUCUACAUUGUCAUCAUGAAAUACAACGCCUGCAUACACCAGUGCUUCGAGAGGAGGACCAAGGGGGCCGGAAACAUGGUCAAUGGCUUAGCCAACAACGCCGAAAUGGACGACAGCGGCAACUGCGACGCAACCGUGGUGCUACUCAAGAGAGCCAAUUUCCACCGCAAAGCAUCAGUAAUCAUGGUAGACGAGCUGCUGUCGGCCUACCCACACCAGCUUUCUUUCUCUGAGGCUGGUCUUCGAAUCAUGAUCACCAGCCACUUCCCCCCCAAGACCCGACUCUCCAUGGCCAGUCGCAUGUUGAUCAAUGAGAGACAGAGACUGAUAAACAGCAGGGCUUAUGCCAAUGGAGAGUCCGAGGUGGCCAUCAAGAUCCCGAUUAAGCACACGGUGGAGAACGGGACGGGGCCCAGCAGCGCCCCGGACAGAGGCAUGAGCGGGACGCGGAGGGACGAGGUCGUCGCGGAGGCCGGUGACGAGACGGAGAACGAGAAUGAGGACAACGAGAAUAACGAGAACGAUGAGGAGGAGGAGGACGAGGAGGAUGAGGAAGGGCCAUACACGCCCUUUGACCCCCCGUCUGGCAAACUGGAAACAGUGAAGUGGGCGUUCACCUGGCCCCUGAGCUUCGUCCUGUACUUCACCGUCCCCAACUGCAACAAGCCCCGCUGGGAGAAGUGGUUUAUGGUGACCUUCGCUUCGUCCACGCUGUGGAUUGCAGCCUUCUCCUACAUGAUGGUGUGGAUGGUCACGAUCAUCGGCUACACGCUGGGGAUUCCUGACGUCAUCAUGGGGAUCACCUUCCUGGCAGCUGGAACCAGCGUGCCCGACUGCAUGGCCAGCCUCAUUGUGGCCAGACAAGGCAUGGGGGACAUGGCCGUGUCCAACUCCAUCGGGAGCAAUGUUUUUGACAUCCUCAUCGGACUCGGCCUCCCCUGGGCACUGCAGACCCUGGCUGUGGAUUAUGGAUCCUACAUUCGACUGAACAGCCGGGGGUUGAUCUACUCCGUGGGCUUGCUCCUGGCCUCCGUCUUCGUCACGGUGUUUGGCGUCCACCUGAACAAGUGGCAGCUGGACAGGAAGCUGGGGUGUGGCUGCCUUUUCCUCUAUGGCGUGUUCCUGUGCUUCUCCAUCAUGACGGAGUUCAACGUGUUCACCUUUGUGAACCUGCCCAUGUGCGGGGACCACUGACCCGCGGCCGCGCCCAGCUCGGCCCCUCCUUCUGUGCAAUACAAGCGGGCGCCCGAGUCCGCCU